AUGAUUACUGUCACGGCGGCCAGUACCGAGCUGGGGCUGGCUCGCAACUAUAGUGAGUUCCUGCACGACCGGGCCCAAGCCGCGAAGCGGUGGGAAGCCAUCAUGAACACCUACGUCUCCUCCGCGGACGAGUCCCUGAUCGGCUUUCUCAAGUUGCGGGCGGCCCACUGUCUGUCCCAGCACUACCUGACCCAGGCGAUCGACGCUGGCGUGGGCAGCCUGGAGGCGGAGGGGGCGGCGCAGAAGCUGGAACGACUGACCACGCAAGUCAAGUGUAGUGGGACCGAGAGGAUCUCCAUCUUGCAGAGCGCAUCCACGUUGGCCCUCAGUGUAUACCGCCGGCUGCAGGGGCAGGACGCCGAGGCGCAUGCCCUUGUACGUCCCAGUAUCAAGUACGGUAUCCACAUCUUGUCCCGAUGA